GGCUUGCACGCAUUCGGGAGGGAAACAAAGAGAGCAAACAAUUCGUCGCUGUCGGAAGCGAAAGAACUGGAAUAGCUGGCUUUUUUAAAACCUCUGGGAAACUUUGUUAAUUACAAAAAACAAAACAAGAGGGUACCACCAUGUCUCACAAACAGAUCUACUACUCCGACAAAUAUGACGACGAUAAAUACGAGUACAGGCAUGUAAUGCUACCCAAAGAGCUUGCCAAGCGUGUUCCCAAAACCCAUCUUAUGUCGGAGACCGAGUGGAGAAACCUUGGUGUCCAACAGAGUCAAGGAUGGGUGCAUUACAUGAUUCACCAACCAGAGCCGCACAUCUUGCUAUUCCGGCGCCCUCUGCCCAACCCAAAAUCAUAAAGGAGAUUCUCUGGGUCCUUCAGGGACAUCAGUCUACCAUGUCGCAGAUCAACUUAUCACCAUGCUCUGAUUGCCAUGUGGGCUGAUUAUGCUGGACCUGGAGAAGGACUGCUGCAUUUAUGAACAGUGAUUAUGGAAUGGAUUGUGUUGAAGGAAAAAACUAUGACCCGCCUAUUUGGGGAAAAGACUUCUGCAUGUGUUAAGAGCAACACGACGUUUGCCAGAAACCUUCAAUUCAGCUUAAACUGUCCUUUUUUGACUUAACCUGUCCAUCUUGUGAACAUGCUUGGAUUUUUCCAGCUUUUUAGAACAAUUGCUGUAAGAUGUGGGGAGUGAAACUUGAUCAACCAUUUGAGUUAUUCUAAGUGCUUUCUGGGUCGAGCUCUAGCAGAAUAGUUGGAUCCUAAAUUGAGUUGGACUUUGACGCCACAAAUCAAGGUUUCAAAGUCUCAUGUUGCUGCUUGGUUAAAAUGACACUGUAGACUGGCAUUUAAUGACAUUUUGCCAUAUGCAGAUGAGGGAAAGCCUGCAUUUGAGUUGGAUUGAUGCUAGUCUUGAUCCAGUUUUCUCAAGCAUGUGUAUUAGUUCUGGCUUAAUGUCUGGGUCUAUACCAAUGAGCUGCUCAGUAUUUAUGAAACGUUU